CUGUAGGCAAUGUUUAGACCAAUGACAAGAUGAGGUGGGUGGGGCCCGAGACGAACGAAAUCUCCGUGCCAAAAUGUUGCACAAAAUUAUUAAUUUGACCGUCAGGGAUGUGAGAUUCCCGACAUCUUUGGAGCAGCACGGCUCAGAUGCGAUGCACACCGACCCGGAUUAUUCAGCCGCGUAUGUUGUCGUCGACACGGACUGCGGCCUGAGAGGUUUCGGCCUCACGUUUACUUUGGGAAAAGGCACCGAGAUUGUGGUGUGCGCCGUGCAGGCCCUGGCAGGACUGGUCGUGGGGAAAAGCCUGCAGGAGAUUGUGAGCGACUUCCGCGGGUUCUACCGCCUCCUGACCAGUGAUGGCCAGAUGAGAUGGUUAGGACCAGAGAAAGGAUUGAUCCACCUGGCCACUGCUGCAGUCCUGAACGCAGUGUGGGAUCUGUGGGCGAGGGCGGAGGGCAAGCCACUGUGGAAGCUGCUCGUUGACAUGGAUCCCAAGCAGAUUGUCUCAUGCAUUGACUUCAGAUACAUCACCGAUGUCCUUACAGAGAAGGAGGCUCUAGACAUACUUGUGAACGCACAGGAGGGCAAGCGGCAGAGAGAGGAUCGGAUGCUGAAAGAGGGUUACCCUGCAUACACCACCUCCUGUGCUUGGCUUGGAUACUCAGACCAGCAGCUCAAGCAGCUCUGCACCGACGCACUUGAAAGCGGCUGGACCAAAUUUAAGGUGAAAGUCGGCGCUAAUCUAGAGGACGACAUUCGCAGGUGUCGACUCAUCAGGCAAAUGAUUGGACCAAAUAAUACAUUGAUGAUCGAUGCCAACCAGAGAUGGGACGUUGCCGAGGCCAUCAGCUGGGUGUCCAGCCUCUCUGAGUUCAAGCCUCUUUGGAUCGAGGAGCCCACGUCUCCAGACGACAUCCUGGGUCACGCUGCUGUCUCCAAGGCUUUGGCUCCACUCGGGAUUGGAGUGGCGACAGGGGAGCAGUGUCCUAACAGGGUGAUGUUUAAGCAGUUCCUCCAGGCCUCAGCGGUGCAGUUUGUCCAAAUAGACAGCUGUCGGCUGGGCAGUGUCAAUGAAAACCUGGCUGUACUGCUGAUGGCCCACAAGUUCCAGGUGCCUGUUUGUCCUCAUGCUGGAGGAGUCGGUCUCUGUGAGCUCGUCCAACAUCUGAUUCUGUUUGACUACAUCUGUGUGUCUGCAAGUCUCAGCAACCGGAUGUGCGAAUACGUGGACCACCUCCACGAACACUUCACCAGCCCUGCGGUGAUUCAAGACGCCCACUACAUGGCCCCAAAGGAUCCAGGCUAUUCUUGUGAGAUGCUGGAGUCGUCAGUGCAGAGACACCAGUACCCGGAAGGAGAUGCAUGGAAGCUGCACACGAACAAAUGAGUUUAUCUUGAACAUGUCACCCAAGGCUCUUUCAGACCUAUAAUUAGACUGGUCUAACUUGCACUAACAAAACCCAUCCAG